ACCACCCUCUCCUUCCACGUUCCUAAAGAACUAAUAAAUCUGCACAUAAAGGAGGACAUGAGAAGGAAUCAGGAGCUUAAAGACCUGGGAGAGCUUGCUCCUCACUGGGACAACAUGCGCAAAAGUGUAAUUGCUCACUGUGAUCAGUUGCUGAGCAUGUACCAGGACACUCUGGCAGAGCUUGGGAAGCAUACAGGUUCUUCCUUUAAAUCAAGCUGUAGCAAAGGAGAAAAAACACUAGAAUUCAUCCCAAUAAAUCUUCAUCUGCAAAGAAUGCAUGUGCAUAGUCCUCGAUUGAAAGAUGCUCUGUAUGAUGUUAUCACUGUGGGAGCCCCAGAAGCACAUUUCCAAGGAUUUAAGAAUGGUGGUCUCCGGAAACUGCUGAGUAAAUUUGAGGCUGAAAGACGAAACACUGGAUACCAGUGUAUUUACUAUUCACCUGAAAACACAGCCAAGGCAAAAGAAGUUCUCAGCAACAUCAGUCAUCUGCAGCCUCUCAUAUCAAGCCAUGCAGACCUGCUGCUCAGUUCUGCAAGCCAGCGUUCUCCAGACAGCUUGAAGAACUCUUUAAAGAUGCUUUCAGAAAAAACGGAGUUAUUUGUGCACACGUUCAAGGACCAGCUGGUGAGAAGUGCCCUUCUAGCGCUGUACACGGCCCGGCCUGGCUGUGUGCUCAAGAAACCAGCUGUGCCCAGGAGCAGUGCAGAGGAAGGGGCUGAUGCACAGCACCAGGACCAUCCUGCUCACGUCAAAAGGCAGGACUCCAUACCCCAUCAUUCUGAGUAUGAUGAGGAGGAGUGGGACAGGGUCUGGGCCAACGUGGCAAAGAGUUUGAACUGCCUUAUUGCCAUGGUGGACAGGCUGCUUGAAAAGGACAACAUCAGCAACAUCAAAGAGGGUGAAAAUGAGCCUUCAGCAGAAGAUUGCAAGGUGUUGCAUACAGGCGGUGACUGGUACGAGCAGCUGUACCCGCUGGUGGUCACGCUGAAGGACUGCAUGGCAGAGGUGGUGACCAGGGCCAAGCAGUCCAUGGCCUUUGUCCUGCUCCAGGAACUUGCCUGUGGCUUGCCCCAGUGCCUGAUGCUGACCCUGAGGAGAGACAUCGUCUUCAGCCAAGCACUCGCUGGAUUGGUCUGUGGUUUUGCAAUCAAAUUGCACACAGGUUUACAUGAUCAAGGAUUUUUACAACAGCUUCACACUGUUGGAUUGCUGGUGCAGUAUGAAGGACUCCUUAGCACAUACAGUGAAGAAGCAGGGAUGCUCGAAGACAUGGCUGUGGGCAUUUCAGAUUUGCAGAAAGUAAUGUUUAGAGUAAUUGAAGCCAAGUCAGAAGAUUUUUUGCCUAUUAUAAGUGGAAGGCGUGAACAUUACAUUAUAGAGGUCCAGCUCCCAGCAAAGAUGUUUGAGCUGCUGCCACAAGAGAUUAACGAGGGAAAGCUGCUUCGCAUGUAUCCAGUGCUCUUUAAUGUUGGAAUCAAUGAGCAGCAAACACUGGCAGAGAGGUUUGGAGAUACCACUUUGCAGGAAAACAUUAACCAGGAAAACUUAGAGCUUCUCAAAGAAUAUUACAAGUUAUUUACAGAAAAAAUGCCUCCUGAUUGUUUACCACAUUUUCAAGAACAAAAUGAUUUAAAGGGAUUGCUAGAAAGUCUUCAUCAAAAUAUCCAGGCCAAAAAGAGAAAGAAUGUAGAAAUCAUGUGGCUGGCUGCAACGAUUUGCCGCAAGCUGAACGGAGUGCGCUUCACCUGCUGCAAGAGUGCCAAAGACAGGACAUCCAUGUCAGUGACGCUGGAGCAGUGCUCCAUCCUGAGGGACGAGCACCAGCUGCACAAAGACUUCUUCAUCCGGGCGCUGGAUUGCAUGAGGAGCAGACAGACCCAGGGAGCACUGACUGACUCGGAUGAUCCCGAAACAGGCUGUCUAACUGAUAACAAGCCAACUGCUCGACACUUCUAUCCUGUCGCCUUGCUGCUUGUCAGCUCACACCUGCUGGUUGUGUGGCUUAUUUUAAGUCUUGCUUUGCUAUUAGCCAAAUAUCAAUAAACUUUACUUGUGUUCCUUUCUUUUCUACAAACA